AUGCUGAUCGAUCAUGCAUAUCCCGAGAUUGAACGUGAUUUGAAGAAUGAUCUAUUAGUUCAGUCACACAUGAGCAAUGAUUCUCUGAAGCAGCUUGCGAGAUAUCACCCAAACCAUCCAGAACCAAAGACAGGUGCUGAAUUCUUUGGAUAUAUCAAAGAUGUGAACUACGUUGAUCCUGAUCCAGUUGAUCACCAAAACUGGAGGAAUGAGGAAGAAAUGAAGGAAGCAGCUUACGUUGAUGAGCUAAAAACUCUUGAAGAGUUCAAACCCACCCGGAAUGAUUGGUUUGUCAAAGAAACGAGGAGGAGAGGCAGAAAGACCACCCCUAAAGUACAAGAGGGUGAGGGGUCAUCAUCGAAACCGAAGAAGAAACAAAAGAAAGCUGUAAAGACGUUAUUGAUUGAUGAGCCUGAGGAAGAUGAGCCAGUUGUAAAUGCGGAAGAAGAUCCGUAUGAUGUCGAUGAUCAAUUGAUGUUUAAUGUUGAUGUUUUAGAGACUGAGCAAGCAGUUAAUGUUGAAGCUGAAAAAGAGAAGGUUAUUGAUGACGUUGAAGGUGAUGAUGUUAAUAAAAGCACUACAAGUUCUUCGAGUUCUUCAGAUGAGGAAAUAGAUGAGAAUGAACGUCUAAGAAGAAUUCAAGAAGCUACAGAGAAAGAAAAGCAGUUAAGGAAAAGGAAGAGACAGGAGAAAGAUGAUGAUGCUUACGUUCCAUCUCUAGAGCAUGUUUCUGAAUCGCAAUCACCUUCAAGUGGUAAAAAGAAAGCCAAGGCAAGAAAGAAGGUUGUGUCUCCAAAGAUACGGAAAGUUACUCCAAAGAUUUCCAAGCCGAAGAUCGUCUUGAAGAAGAAACCUUCCAAAGAAUCCAGGAAACCACCAACCCCACCACCUGAGCCAACACCACAAUCACCAAUACAAUCACCUCCACGACAACAAACACCUCCACAACAACCUUCACCACCAAAACAACCAACACCACCCAGACAACCAUCACCAUUACACCUUUCACCACUACAUCUUUCACCACAACAACAACAAACCUUACUCACAUCGCAAGAAAUCUUUAAAACACCACCAGUCACUCAAAUUCAACUAACUCCUGGUUCUUCUGGCCACAAAGGUCUUCAUAUUCCUCCGGAUAAUCUUGAAGAUAUUGGAGAUUUUGGCAUUGCAAACGAUGAACAAGUUAAAAAGUUGGAAAAGAAGAUGGAUGACGUGUUGAAUGAUAACAAAAGAGUCACAGCUGAAAGCAAGAUAGUUGUUGAUCGUGAAAAGAUUUUAGAAAUGCGUGUGAAGCAAUUAGAGUCUGACAACAAAGCCUUGUUAAAGAAGAUGAUACAGAUCAGCCUGAGAUUGAUAUUCUGA